CUUAUCACUCAAGUAGCUUAUCUCGGGAAUCUCGGGUGCUGUGCUCCGGAUCCACCUUGGUUGAUUGAUCAUGAAUAAGUCUCAAAAUCCUGUAACAAUUAUUUCUGUAUUUUAAAUUUGCGUUUUAACAAAAAUAUAGAAUUGUGAGGCUCUAACGUUUCCCAGGACAUUCAUUGUAUAGUACUGCGACCACUGUAUAAUCACUCAUUGAUUGCUGGGUGGCGGAAAAAAUGCUUCAUAAUGUGUGCAUGGUGUCCGAUUUUUUCUAUCCAAACAUGGGAGGGGUUGAGGAGCAUAUUUUUAAUUUAUCUCAGUGUUUGUUGUUACAAGGACAUAAAGUUGUUGUUUUCACUCAUUCCUACGGUGACAGAGUAGGAGUGCGUUACAUGACAAAUGGUCUGAAGGUUUACUAUCUUCCAAUUAAGACUUUUUACAACCAAUGCAUUUUACCUACAAUGGUUUCAUCCUUGCCUCUAAUUCGGUAUAUCUUAUUACGAGAGCAAAUCCACAUUGUUCAUGGACACUCAGCCUUUUCUGCACUGGCCCACGAAACUAUGAUGAUCGGUCGUCUGAUUGGACUGAAGACUGUUUUUACUGAUCACUCUUUGUUCGGUUUUGCGGAUGUCUCAGCCAUCAUAACGAAUAAAUUUCUAGAAAUAUCUCUCGCUGAUUGUAAUCACUGCAUUUGUGUGUCUCACAUUGGGAAAGAAAACACAGUACUACGCGCUUGUGUCCCUCAUGACAGAGUUUCAGUCAUUCCCAACGCAGUCGAUACCACUGUUUUUACUCCAGAUCCAACUCAACGUUCUAAAAAUAAAAUUACAAUUGUUGUUGUCAGUAGACUCGUCUACAGAAAAGGUAUCGAUCUCUUGGCUCAAAUAAUUGCAGAUAUGUGUGCAAGGUAUUCAGAGGUGGAAUUCUUAAUCGGUGGAGAUGGUGUGAAAAGAUGGUUGUUGGAAGAAGUCAUCCAGACUUUCAAAUUAGAGAACAGAGUUAGAUUACUAGGAAGCUUGGAGCAUUCGCAGGUUAGGGAUGUCUUGGUCCAAGGUCAUAUUUUUCUCAACACGUCUUUAACAGAAGCGUAUUGUAUGGCUAUUGUCGAGGCUGCCUCCUGUGGUUUGCAGGUUGUUAGCACAAAAGUAGGCGGAAUACCGGAAGUUCUGCCUCCUGAGUUAAUAUAUCUGGCUGAACCAAAUGUCCCAGCGCUUCUCAACAGUUUGGAAGAGGCCAUUUCAGAUUUAAGGGCAAACAGCGUGUUAUCUCCAGACGAAUGUCACAAGGUAGUCAAAACUCUGUACAAUUGGAUGGAUAUAACUGAAAGGACAGAGAUUGUGUAUGGAAGGAUAAUAAAUGAACCAAAGAAAAAACUUGGAAAACAGUUGCAGAGCUAUGUACAAAGUGGGGCUUUACCUUUUCUGCUCGUUGUAACUCUCAUGUACUUGAUACUCAGAAGUCUCGAGUGGCUUGUUCCGCGAGAGGAUAUAGACAUUGCCCCAACGUAUUUUGGAGUUCCUGAAAAGCAAUCCAAACUAAAUAGGAGAUCAUCUCAUUUGAAAGCAUCCUAGCAGGAUCACAAAA